CAUUUAUAUAUAUAUGGAGGGGAAAGAAAAAUAUAUGAUCAAAGGGACUUUGGUCAUCAACAACCCUAACCUCAGUGCAGAUUCCCAGUCCUUCACCAUUGAGCUGAUAAGUAGUUCUUCCAACCCAAUCUUUUCUGAGAAUGGGGCGGCUAAACUAGAAAAUUCUACCUCGUCGGAGGGGUCAAUUAUUAAACAAGAAGAUGUUACUUCAACUCAUGUAGUUUAUUUCAGUUGGAGUGAUAAGAUGGGAAUUCCAGGAGCCUUCAUUAUAAGGAACCUUCAUUCCACAGAUCAAUUCUUCCUUGUGAGUUUCACCAUUGAAAUCCCAAAUCAGACUGCUCCUGUACACUUUGUUUGCAGAUCUUGGGUUUACCCUGAUUCCAAAUAUCAAAGCCCUCGCAUUUUCUUCGUCAACAAGUCAUAUCUGCCAAGUGAGACACCAGAGGGAUUGCGCAGUUAUAGAGAAAAGGAGCUGAAAGCUAUAAGAGGGGAUGGAACUGGAGAACGCAAGGAAUGGGAUAGAAUAUAUGACUAUGCUACCUACAAUGAUUUGGGUAAUAUUGAUAAAAGUGAAGAUCUUGCUCGUCCUAUUCUUGGAGGAUCCACCCAAUAUCCCUACCCUCGUAGGGUGAGAACUGGAAGGCCCCCAUCAAAAAAGGAUCCUAACAGUGAGAGCAGACUUGGUGAUGAUCAAGCAUUUUCAAUCUAUGUUCCAAGAGAUGAUCGAUUUGGAGAUCAGAAGCUGUUUGAGUUUGUGCAAUAUUUUCCCAAAUCAUCAAUGAACCUUGUGAAGUCAUAUCUCUUAAAGGAAUUGGACUCUAAAGGAAAAGAGUUUGAGAGUUUUAAGAAUGUUUUUGAAGUGCUUUAUCAAAAUGGCUUUACAUUUAAUGUGCCCAAAUCGUUGCUUGAUGCUGUUGCUCAAAGACUCCCAAUUCCAGAGCCCCCAGCUGAUGGCAACCUUUUAUUAAAAUUUCCAAUUCCUAGUGUCAUUCAAGAUAAUUUAGAUGGAUGGAUGACUGAUGAAGAAUUUGCAAGAGAAAUGCUUGCUGGUGUGAAUCCUGGUUUAAUCCGCCUUCUCACAGAAUUCCCCAUGGAAUGCACGCUAGAUUGCAAUAUCUAUGGUGAUCAUUCCAGUAAGAUAACAAGUGAACACCUGGAGAAAAACAUGAAAGGAUGCACAACACAAGAGGCACUUAAUUGCAAGAGAUUAUUCAUAUUAGAUCACUAUGAUGCAUUCAUGCCAUAUUUGAGGAAGAUAAAUGAAAGUUCCACCCGAAAGGCUUAUGCCAGUAGGACAAUCCUUUUCCUUCAAAAUGAUGGGACCUUGAAGCCACUUGCUAUUGAGCUGAGUUUACCUCACCCUGAUGGAGAUCAAUUUGGUGCUAUCAGCAAAGUGUAUCUGCCUGAAACUGAAUGUGUUAAGGGUACCCUUUGGCAAUUGGCUAAAGCUUAUGUAAUUGUAAAUGAUUCAGGCUAUCAUCAACUUGUUAGUCACUGGCUAAAUACUCAUGCUGCGAUGGAGCCAUUUGUUAUUGCAACACAUAGGCAACUCAGUGCACUUCACCCUAUUCACAAACUUCUUCAUCCUCAUUUUCAUGACACCUUGUUUAUCAAUGGACUUGCUCGCCAAAACUUAAUCUCUGGAGAAGGAGUCAUAGAGACCUCGUUCUUGCCUGCAAAGUAUUCCAUGGAGAUGUCAUCUGCGGUUUACAAGAAUUGGAAUUUCCUUGAGCAAGCCUUGCCUGCUGAUCUCAUCAAGAGAGGAUUGGCAACUGUGGAUAAAGAUUCACCUCAUGGGCUUCGCGUUGUGAUAAAAGAUUACCCUUAUGCUGUUGAUGGACUACUAAUAUGGGAUGCUAUUAACAAAUGGGUCUGUGACUACAUAUCUUUAUAUUACAAGACAGAUAAGGCUAUAAAGCAAGACACUGAGCUACAAGCUUGGUGGAAAGAGGUAGUCCAAGUGGGUCAUGCUGACUUAAAGGAUAAGCCAUGGUGGCCUAAGAUGGAAAAUCGUAAAGAGCUUAUUGAAUCUUGCACCAUUAUCAUAUGGAUUGCCUCAGCUCUUCAUGCAGCUGUUAACUUUGGACAAUUUCCUUAUGGGGGUUAUAUUCUGAAUCGUCCAACUCUUAGCAGAAGGUUGAUACCUGAAGAAGGAACUUCAGAAUAUGAAGAGCUUGUGACCAACCCAGAAUCAAGCUUCUUGAAAACAAUUACACCAAAGUUUGAGACUCUUCUUGAUCUCUCAAUUAUAGAGAUUUUGUCAGGGCAUACCAGUGAUGAAGUCUAUUUGGGAACAACGACCAAUCCCACUUGGACAUCUGACAAAAAGGCUUUGGAGGCUUUCAAAACAUUCGGAAAGAAGCUGAAAGAGAUAGAGGAAACAAUAUUAAAGAGGAACAAAGAUCCCAAGUUGUUGAACCGGGUUGGGCCUGUGAACAUGCCAUACACUCUGCUUUAUCCUUCUAGUGAACCGGGAAUGACAGGGAAGGGAAUCCCCAACAGUAUCUCCAUAUGAGAAAUUCGAUUAAUUUGAUCAUCACAUGUCUGUUUAAUUCGUACAAAAUAAGAGGAGUUCUUUAUGUUAGGCUUCUGCAAUUAACGUUUUGUCAUGAUGAAAAAAACCAUUGGUUGUUGGACUUGUGAUCCAAUUAGUACAAUCUGGUUUUUUAUAUGGCAGCUUCAUUCAAGUCCUGAAUAAAAUAUUUCAUUUUUUAAA